AUGGAGAGUCUAAAGACUGAUAUAAAAAUGUUCUAUCCUGAGAACAUAGUAGAAAUGGGCAAAGUGACUUUUGGGGAAGAAAAAAGGAAGAAGAUGGCCAACAGUGGCUUAAAAAGAUCUGAGAAUUCUAAAAUCACCCAGGCUAUAUGUGCACUGUUGAAUUCUGGAGGCGGUGUGAUCAAAGCAGAGACUGAUAUAAACUACAGCUACCGAUGCCAUGGGCUAGGACAGGAUAUGGAAACUUCUUUUCAAAAGCUCCUUCCUUUGGGCUCACAGAAAUACCUUGACUUCAUGCAGCAGGGGCACAAUCUCCUGAUUUUUGUGAAGUCAUGGAACCCAGAUGUUUUCAGCUUCCCACUAAGGAUCUGCAGCUUGCAUUCCAAUUUAUAUCAGAGAGAUGUGACUUCCACUAUCAAUUUGAGUGCCAGCAGUGCCCUGAAGCUUCUCAGAGACAAAGAGUCUAGAGCACAAAGACGAAGACUGAGAGUGAGGGAGCUGUAUCCUCAGAAAGUUCUCAACAGAUACUUUCAGGAAGAGGAAGAUAUAAGGAUGAAUGCCUCAGAAUUUUUUAAAAAGGACAGACUCAUGUAUAGGGAGAAACUCAACUUUACAGAGUCAACACAUAUUGAGAUUAAAAGAUUUACUACCAAAAAGGUUGUACCUCGGAUUAAAGAAAUGCUGCCUCGUUAUGUUUCUGCAUUUGCCAACACUCAAGGGGGAUACCUAAUUAUUGGGGUGGAUGAUAAGAGCAAAGAAGUGUUUGGAUGUAAGAGAGAAAAAGUGAACCCUCACUUAUUAAAAAAAGAAAUAGAAAACUGCAUAGAAAAAUUGCCUAUAUUUCACUUCUGCUGUGAGAAGCCAAAGGUGAAUUUCACUACUAAAAUCUUGAAUGUGUACCAAAAAGAUGUUCUGUAUGGUUACGUCUGCAUCAUUCAAGUGGAGCCCUUCUGUUGUGUAGUGUUUGCAGAGGCCCCAGAUUCCUGGAUCAUGAGGGACAACUCUGUCACAAGGCUGACGGCUGAGCCCUGGGUGGUCAUGAUGCUGGAUAUUCAGUCAGCUCCUUCCAGUUUGGCUUCAGACUGCAGCUGUCACAUGGUUUCAUCAGCUUUACCUGCACCAAGAAGCCCAGCAUAUCCCAUAAAAGUUCUGGAAUUUAAGGAGACUCUGCAACAACAUUUGUUUCCAGUGACACAGGAAGAGAUACAAUUUAAACCAGAAUCCCUCUGUAAGAAGCUAUUCUCAGAUCAUAAAGGACUGGAGGAAUUAAUGAAGACACAGAUAUAUCCUUGUUCUCAGGGGAUUGUGAUAUUUUCUAGAAGCUGGGCUGGUGAUGUUGGUUUAAGAAAAGAUCAGAAUGUCCUGUGUGAUGCUCUCCUAAUAGCAGUUAACAGCCCCUUGAUACUCUAUACCAUCUUAAUAGACCCCUGUUGGAUGGGAGGACUUGAAUAUGCCCGAAAUACUGCUCAUCAGUUAAAGCAGAAACUGCAAACUGUUGGUGGUUACACAGGGAAAGUGUGUAUCAUUCCAAGACUGAUACACUUGACCAGCCCACAGUGUGGACCUGGUGAAAUACCCGUGCACUACCCCCAUUCCUACAGGCUUGCUAGUGAGGAUGAAAUGGAAGACUUGUUGCAGGCCCUUGUGGUGGUCUCACUGUGCUCUAGAUCUCUUCUGAGUGAUCAGAUGGGAUGUGAAUAUUUCAACUUGCUCAUAGCAGAGCAAUGUGAGUUGCUUUCCAGGAGCCUUCAGGAGACACGGGAAUUGUUUAUCCACUGCUUUCCGGGAACCCGGAAGACAGCCCUAGCUAUAAAGAUCAUGGAGAAAAUUAGGGACUUUUUCCACUGCAAACCAAAAGAGAUCCUGUACGUUUGUGAAAGUAACUCCCUGAAGGAUUUUGUAACCCAACAAACCACCUGCCAUGCUGUGACCCGGAAAACCUUCAUGCAAGGGGAGUUCCUAAAGAUUAAACACAUAGUGAUGGAUGAGACUGAGAAUUUCUGCAGUAAAAAUGGCAAUUGGUACAUGAAGGCUAAGAAUAUCACCCAUCCAGAGGUGAAGCGGGCUGGAAGUGAAAACCUUCACCACGGGAUUCUCUGGAUUUUUCUGGACCCUUUCCAAGUCCAUCAUGCAGAUGUCAAUGGCCUUCCCCCUCCAUCUGAUCAGUUUCCUCGAAAAGCAAUCACCGAUGGGAUCCACUGUGCUCUGGAAAUAGCCAAGGUCAUGAAAGAGGAAAUGAAAGGGAUUAAAGAAAAUCCUCCCUCCAAUAUACUUCCAGACACAUUGGCAUUGUUCAGGGAAACUGCCUAUGAGGAAGCAAUGUAUGCCCAGGCUCUUCCUGGAGUGUGUGAGACAAAGAUUAACCUGACAAUAGAACAAAUAGCAAACUAUGUGGCAGAAACAUGUCACAGCCUGUUCCAAUGUGGCUAUCUGCCCAAAGAUAUAGCAAUUCUGUGCAGGAGAGGAGAGGACAGAGGACGCUAUAAGCUUGCACUGCUAAAAGCAAUGGAGUUAGUUGGGACCCAUGGAGCAACAGAGGUUGUGUUCAGUCAGGUCUCUGGUGUUUGGGGCAGUCACAUUGUUUUAGACAGUAUUCAGCAGUUUUCAGGCCUACAGAGGAAUAUUGUGUUUGGGCUUAGUCCAGAAUUUGUCCAGUCAGAGGAAUUUCAUAAGCUCUGCUUUGCUUCAAGAGCCAUUAAACACCUCUACCUGCUUUAUGAAAAGAGAGCUGUCUUCUGA